ACGUCACGUUAUUUUUAUAACACUGUGGUAUCGCUUUUUCCGCCAUUUCCUCGUCAAUCUGCCUGCGCAGCGAGACUGUUCACCGAGAGCCUGCUCAUCGCAAAGAUAAAUUAUGUCUGACGAGGGAAAGCUUUUCGUUGGUGGGCUCAGCUAUGAUACCACUGAGCAGUCUUUGGAAGAAGCUUUCUCCAAAUAUGGAACCAUCUCAAAAGUUGAUGUAAUCAGGGAUCGGGAAACUGACCGGUCAAGAGGUUUUGGCUUUGUUACUUUUGAAAAUCCAGAAGAUGCCAAGGAUGCAAUGUUUGCAAUGAAUGGCAAAUCUGUUGAUGGCAGAAUGAUCAGAGUUGAUGAGGCUGGAAAGUCUGGAGGCAGGUCAGGGGGAGGCUUCAGGAGAGGUGGAGGCGGCUUCAGGGGCGGUUUCCGUGGUGGCCGUGGGAGAGGUGAGGGAGGCGGCGGCGGGAGUUACGGGGGAGAAAGAAGCUACGGAGGUGACAGAAGUUAUGGCAGCAGCGACAGAAGUUAUGGUGGUGGAGACAGAGGAUAUGGCGGAGGUGACAGGAGCUACAGCGGCGGUGACAGGAGCUAUGGUGGCGGCGGCGGUGGUGGCGGCGGUGGAGGCUACAGAAGCAGCAGCGGUGGAUAUUCGUCUGGCGGUGGAAGCUACAGAGGAAGCAGAAAUCAAGGAGGGUAUGAGGGUGGAUCCUACAGAGACAGCUACGACAGUUAUGCUACACACGAGUAAAAAAAACUUCCUGGUAUCAAGAUCAUCCCUGCGCUGGCUGUAUUUAAAAGAUGCGCUCUUCGAAGAUUUUUUUUAUGGUGUUUCCUGGUUCCAGUAUUCCAUCAGUCAUACAACAGAUUUUGAGUCCUUUUUUAUUGUGUUCAAUAAUUUUCAGGGUCUCCAUCCGUGAGGCAGUGUGAGAUCCUAUAGUAUUUAGUUGUUGUGAACGUGAAUGACCAUGAAAACUCCUGUACCUUUAGUUCAAUUUUCCCUCAGUGUUUACUUUAACACAGGGGGUAAAGAAUUCAUUUUCUUUUUAAAUGGCUGAAAUGUCUGUUUUAAGCUGUAAGUGAAAUGCUCUUGUUCAUCACAGCCGAAUAGCUUCUAAAAUAAAUUCAGUCCUUUCAACCAUCAUUCUUAAUGACCAAUCGCAGCAGGGCAGCAAGUCCAUUAAGGUGUUUUUGUAUUUUUGAACUGAAGUUUUCGUGUUGACCCUGCUUUUUGAAGGAAAACUCAAUUGAAUCAAUAUCUUCGAAAGAAGCUUGACUAGCUGUGAUGUGUUCUGUGCGACUUCCUUUCUGUAAUGCAUACCUUUAGUGUAACAAGGUGGGCAUGCUUUCUUGGACUGCCAUCGUCCUGCAGACCUCCUUGAUAUGGCUAAAGAGUUGUAAACAUUCAGUAAGCAAAGAGUGAACUUUCUCUGGGGAAACAACCUCUGGUGAUUGCCUCAGGUGGCCCGAGGUUCUUUACUCUUUGAAAACAUUGAAUUUUUUAAAAGUAUGCUCUUUGGUGGACUGAACUUCAAGAAAACCUCUUAAAAAUGUCUCCACUUUUGUUCUUUGAGGUGAACUGUCCUGUGUGUACCACCACCUUAAGAAACAUUUAUUUCUUUUUACAGUUUCUUUUGUAAAAUUUGGCUUCAUGGAGCCUAUUAAACAAGCCAUUGGGAAAAAAA